AUGUCUGACAUGACCACCGAGGUGACCGGCACAAGCUCCCCUGAGGCUGACGGUGUCUUUUCCGGCGUCUCCUCGCCCCUGAGCUCAGCUCCCUCGUCUCCUGUCAUGCCUGUCUCUGGCAGGCCCAAGCGCCAGGCUGCCUUGCGAGCCACAGAGAAGUUGACGAGCAUCAUUCAGGGGUUUGGUGCCUUUGACGACUUCCCGCGGGCCAACAAGCGGUCCCGGGAAGACACUCCCGAGUUUGAGGAUUCGCGUGCGGUUACCAAAUCUAUCAGCAAGCGCUUGCGGACUCGGGAAUUCUCCGAGAUUCACUCCAAGGAUGUCAAUGACGAGGCUGAGACUGACAUCGAUGCCGAGCACGGAAUUGAUGCCGAACACGAAGUUGACGCCGAGCAUGAGAUUGUCGUCAAGAAUGACAUGAACGCUGACUUUGUCGUCAAUGCCGAGUGUGGCGCCAAUGUCGAGAAUAACAUUGACCCCAACCUGGAGCGCGAAAACGUGCCUCUCUACCCAGCUGCACCCGAAAACCACGAGGCCAAGUCCGUCAUUCCGUUCCACAUGCAAGCAGACGCAAUGGAUAUGCAGCUGGCCAAUGUGCCCUUGGAAUAUUACGUUGAAAAGAUCAUGUUCAACCUGAGGGCCAUCGUUAACCAUCAAGCCGUAACUCAGCAUGGUGCCGUCGACCCCUUCUUAGCCCACCAGCAAUUUUUUAUGAAUGAACCGGUGUUUGACCAGAACUGGUACAACCCUCACACCCAAAGCUAUCAUCCCGCCGCCUACCCCUUUGUCGCUAUCCCGCCCGUGGUCAACCUUCUCGCGGCCAACUCUCCAUUGGUUAACCCUCCGAUGGUCGACCCUUUCGUCCAUCCCGACCCCGCCCAUCAGGCCGGACAGCCGCUGCCUUUUUACAACCACAACAGUGGUGCUCUGGCUUCUCAGAUCCCAAUUUGGGACUCGAGUGUCUACCCAUUUGUCGCCAGUCGUCCUGCGGUGGGCUCUCCCGUGGUCGGCCUACCCGCGAUUGACCCUCACAGUCCUAUCUUGGACGUGGCUCAGUACCCAGACAUUGACGACAUCAUCCCCCAGGCCGCCAACAUCAAGAUUAACCUGGCUAUCGCGCCUGUCGCCGACAAGGAUGAAGAGACUGCCCCUGUUGUCAAGCUCGCCCCUCGUGUCCCUGUUGCCAGGCCUGCCCCUCGUGGCCCGCCUCCAAUUCACUCGAGGUUCCGGGGGGGGUUAUGCGAGGCCCUCCCUUACUACAAGUCCUACAAGAGCAGUCUCUACAACAUCGGUCUGCUUGCCAAGGGAUUUCUGAUUGACUUGGAGGUCGAAAAGGGCGAUGUCUUCCACCAAAGCGUUGUCAUUUCGGCUGUUGGGGGUGGCCGAGUGAGGGAAGGAAGCGUAAUGGUUCGUGGUCGCGACGCCGAUGACAACGCCACCAACGUUCGAUCCAUCAAGAACGCUUACGAGCAACGUACUUUGAUUGCUAUCAUUGCGGGUGAGAAUCAUCCGCUUUACCCUUGCCAGCCGCCUGCCCCUUACGCUGUUCUCGACUGGUUCCACAUCACAUACAUGUGGAAAGAAAUUCUGAGGAACCCUGAGACUCAGAGGAUCUUUUCAGUCUGGCGUAUUCGGUUCGAAAAAGCCAACCCCUUCACGCCGUCUUGGUGGAUUCCUGCUGGGCAGGAGGAGAUCGUGACUCCGGUCACUUGUCCCAUGAGAGUUUGCUCUUCCUGUCACCAGGAGAGUAAACAAAUUUUUACCAUUGGAUGGUUCUGCCUCCAAUACGGCUGCAACAUGUACUAUCGGAUGUUGCCCGACCAACUGGUCGACCUCGAUGCUCUGGCCUACAGCCAAGCCUUUCUUGACGAGCGCCAGCCUUUCACGGGAACCAUUCCCUCGCUCAUGCCCGAGUUGCCCGCCGUCAAUUCUCAGCACCACGGCACAGAGUUGGGCCUUCGCGGAGGGUUUGUCUGCCCCCAGUGCCAUCAUGCCUGCAGACGUCGGUACUGGAACUGGCUGCAGUGCGAGAUCCCAGGGUGCGGGUUCAAGAAGGCAGCCCCCAUGACUCCAUUCCCUCAGGCAGAGCUUGAGGCUGAGGUUGAGGCCUUCACAAAGCAGAUGGCGUCCAGAAGAUCACGCCAUCAAGCCAACGAUGCCCUCACCACCAUCUGGCUUGAGAAAUAUGCCAUUCGAUCAUCUGUUAUGGGCCUUGGAGGCUAUAACGUUCGUCAGUUCUUCCUGACCGACGCCCAGGAACGUAUUAUUGGCUCCUUCACAAUUUUCCAGUCGAAUGAUGUCAUCAACGCCAGGCCUGGUGGCCCAGAUGAGCUAUUCAGGUCUUUGGAGGUGGAGGAUAUUGGUCUGAAGAGGAACCCCGCUGCCGUCGCUGGUCGUAAGUCAUACUCAUUCCAUGACAAGCUUGAAGGUUUGACCCGCCACUUCCAGCAAAACUUUGGUGCCCGCUACAAGUUUGGAGUCUCGGUACAGUCCAAGGGUUUCGCCGAGGCCCCCGCUGCCAUUCUCAAGGCUCUCAAGCGUCUUGACUGGGCCAAGAAUGUUGCUGUGUCUUCUGCCACGGCAAACUUCCCGGCUGAUCAUGAGAUUGGUGAUGAAACCAUCACCAACCUUGACGCUCAUAGCCAAAGCUUCAAUGAGCUACUCGCCCUGGGCUAUAUGGAGGAUGAUAAGAUUAAUUAUCAUGAUGAUGGUGAAAAGGAGCUUGGCCCUGUUGUCGCCGCUCUAUCACUUGGGUCGCCGUGCACGAUGAGGUUUCGCCCCAAGCGAAACAAGGGUUUCGAAACCAAUGGUUUCACCAAAACCGGUGGGAAGAAAAACCACAAGGAUAUUCUGGAGGUGGAGAUGAAGCACGGUGAUAUGAUGCACGCCGUCACCCCCGAGGGAAAGCGACGGUUCGCUCUGACCGCCCGUUUCAUCGACCCGGAGAAGAUGGAGCUUCAGGCGGACAGAGAUGACGCCCUUAUGAAGGGCACCAUCCCCGAAUACGCCGCUGCUUUCGAGUACGACGGCUUCUGA